AACAACCCGUCCCAAUUUAUCGGAACAAAAAAAGUAUUUUCGUGAAAUUUCAUUUUAGGCUAAAUCUUCUUCUUUUAAAAUUGAUUUUUGGAUCUUAAUUGAUUAGCCCAGGGGCCAGCCCCUGUUUUGUUCCCCGUUCCCUUCCCCUUUUCUUUUAUUUUUCCUAGAGUCUCUCUAUUCUCUCUUCUCCCUCACUCUCCCUUAUCUCUCCCUCUGGAGCUCACCUCUCUCUCGGGCUCUUUCCCGAUCGACACCCAUACAUACAAACGCACACACAUACGCACACAUACGCGCUUACUUGGAUGCACCAAGUCACCAUCUCAGCGGAGGAAGGAACGAAUACCAACCUUCGAAACCGUAAGCUCGGAGAACAACUCCCUCCUCCGGUGAACCCUCAACCUUGGUUUGUGGUGAGAAACAAAUCGGAGGUGUGUUCCUAGUUUUACCGGCGAGUCCGACGGCUUUCAAGCCAAUUUACGGUCAAACCACGACGAGUUAGCCGGCGUGAAAGUUUUCGGCGGACACCCGUGGCUUCCAGGCCAUUUUCCGGCCAACUCCGGCCACGAUGACGGGAAACAAGGGACUUAGAAUCGAGGCAUACAAUCUCGGCGUCCAGGCACUUCCAUAUCAGCAUCUUCGAGUUCUCUCGGUGUGGGUGUUUAUUCUGUGGAGCCUAAUGUAAAGUUGAAAGUAUAGAAGGUUGUUGUCAUAGGCUGCGCAACUCAGAAAUCUGUGCAGAAUUAUAUGGUUUGAGUAGUGGUUCUGGUGUUUUUGCUUAGAUUGAUAAAUGGAAGCAACGUCUUUGCGCCCUUUGAACUAUCCUUUCUAUAACUUGGGAUUUGUAAAUACACAUAGAACCCUUUAUAUGACGAGGUCGAAUCCAGGUCAAGCUAAAACUCCAUCCCCAGUUCUCUUGCACACAGAUGAAACUGGCCCGUUUUCAGAGUUUAAGAAGGGUUCUGGUUCAAGUACAGCUUUAAGAAACACUGCUCCUGGAAAAUCAUUUCCGGGUCUACCAAACACAGUUGGCAUAAUUGGAGGGCUAUCUGUCGAUUCUAGUGUUAAAUUUAUGAGAAAACUUGUCAAUUGGAGUUCCAAAGAUGGAGAAAGUUGCCCUCCUUUAGUUCUUUGUUCUGACCAUGUUUCAAAUAAGGAGCUUUUAUCAUUUGAGAGAAGUUCUUUUCCUUUUGUCAGCAGUAAAAGAGAUGGUCCUGAAUUCGAACCUACUCCAAUUGUGGAGAAUUUGCUGAGUAAGAGGAUUUUUCUUGAAAAAUCGGGAGCUCGUUGCAUUGUAAUGCCUUGUCACAUAUCACAUUCUUGGCAUGAUGAAAUUUCUAAGGGAUGUUCUGUUCCUUUUCUUCAUAUUGGUGAGUGUGUUGUCAAGGAGCUCAAGGAAGCAAAGUUGAAGCCGCUUGAAGCCGGAAGUCCUUUGCGGAUUGGAGUGCUUGCAAGCCAUGCAACUUUGACAGCAGGAUUCUAUCAGGAGAAACUGCAGAGUGAGGGAUUUGAGGUUGUUUUGCCGGAUAAAGUGACCAUGGAAUACUCUGUAAUCCCUGCUAUUGAAGCCUUAAAUAGAAAGGACAUAGAGGGGGCACAAAAUCUCUUAAGGAUUGCACUCCAGGUUCUUCUGGCGAGGGUUGUGAACUCUGUUAUUCUUGCAUCCGAUGAUAUGCGAGGUCUUCUUCACCUGGAUCCUCUUCUUAAGAAAUGCAUUGACCCUAUGGAUGCCUUGGCUAGGUCAACCAUAAGCUGGGCUGAGUCUGCUAAAAAAGAUGGUUCAAAGAAGAAAAAACUGAAGAAGAUGAAGAAAAAGGAUCCAAAUGCACCCAAAAGAGCGAUGUCUGCUUUCAUGUUCUUCUCAAAUAUGGAGAGACAUAAUGUCAAGAGAGAGAACCCUGGAAUUGCGUUUGCUGAUGUGGGGAGAGUGCUUGGAGAGAAGUGGAAAAAGAUGUCUGCUGAGGAGAAGGAGCCAUAUGAAGCAAGGUCUCGUCAAGAUAAAGAACGCUACAAGGAUGAAAUUAGUGGCUACAAGAACCCCCAACCCAUGAACAUAGAUUCACAAGGAGUGUAGAUUGGACGAUUUUCUUGUUGAACCAAAUGAUGAAUCUUCUUCGUCUCCACCAAUGAUGAAUUUCCUGUUGAACCAGAUGAUCAAUUCACAAGAAGACUGCAAAUUCAUGCACACACACAGACGCACACAUGUGAGAACCAAGAACAAACAUAACCAAAGGAGAAUUUUCUGAGGUUACCAGCAAUUGGAAAUAAGGUUUUCAUGUGACAUUUUUUUUUGUCGAAGCAUUCUUGUGACAUUUAUCUUGUAAACUGAAAAUAUGUCUUUACAAUAGCAAUGUGCAUAAAAUAUGUCUUGAAAACUGAAAA